GUCACGUCCCUCCAUUCGGUUUCUCGAUCGUUCGCAGACCGACCGCACCCAUACCACCCACCCCACACUCCGUCGUCUCUCACAUGAAUACAUUUAGUUUAUUUUAGGAGAUCCGAUCGAUCGAUCUUUCUGGGUGUGAUUGUGGCCGGCGCCGGGGCUAGGUGAUGAAGACCAAAGGGAGAAGAAGGCUUUUCAAGUGUCUUGAACCGUUAGUUGGAACUUUUGUCCCCGGUAAAUCUAAACGGUCCGGUGUCGACGGCACCAAAACGGAUGAUUGCUCUUUAGGGUCGGGCUGCGGCGGUGACGUUAUCGCCGGAUUUCUCAAUAUUUCAUCGCCCUUCGAUGACCGGAAAUAUGAGUCGUCGGAUGGAGGCUUCGCGAAAGAAAGCCGGGAGAAAUCUGGUAGAAGUUUUUCUCGCGUCAUCAAAUCCAUCUUGUUCGAAAAAUCACUGAUGAGGAAGUUUCGGAAGAAAGGGUCGUCGUCUCCAUCAACCUAUAUACCAUCGACGACAAGUUGCGAAUCGUCGCCGGAAACAUAUCAUAAGACGAGGAGGGAAAAAAGAUUGUCUAAGGAAACAUGGGGCACAGAUGAAUCUCUGGGGGGCAAUUCUAGCGAUUCCUCGGACACGGCGUCGCGGUUUUCGUCAUCUACGGCGGCGUCAACUUCUCGUAAAUCUUCAAGGUCAGUCUCGGAGAGAAAGUUUCCAUCGCCGCGGCCACUCACUAAUUUCAUAGCGCCGAGACAUUCAAGCGUAAACGAAGAGGCUUCUUUCAGGGGACAUCUCGUUCUAAAACCGCCGAGACCCUCGGCGGCGGCGAAGGAACCGUUUUCUCUGAAACCGGCGAGAACCGUGAUGAUGAGGACGACGACGAUGACGACGAAACGUUACCAUAAUUCAAACGUGAUGAUGUGCUUUAUUGUUCUUUCGUUGAUGGCGUUGGUGUUUUGGGGCAAAAUAUUGGCCAUUGUUUGCACCUCCGCAUGGCUUUACAUGGUACCUCGUUCUUCCCGAUGUGUGGCUCACUCGCCUGAGAUUUACUCCGGCGAGGUUUAUUCGAGCAAAAUUGUUAAGGAACGAAUGUCGGAACAAAUAAGUUUUAGUCGGCGGCUAGGAGCUAGCAAUUGACAGAAAAAUGGUGUUUUUUUUUUUUUUUUUU